AUGCAUGAGCAGUUAUACGAUCGUGUUGAGAUUACCGAUGCAGCUCUUCUUGGCCUAAUAGAAAACUACUGUCGAGAAGCAGGGGUUCGGAACCUUCAAAAGCACAUUGAAAAGAUCUACCGUAAGAUUGCUCUUCGACUUGUGAGAGAAGGAUCAUCAAAUGAGCCUGACAUUAGUGGAAAAUCGGUCGAGCCUGCCAAUGCCAAAGCAGAAGUUGAUGAUGAAUCUGAUCAUCAUGCAGCUGCAAACAAGACUAAUGUCGAUGAUGAAUCAGUAGGGAAUAUAAGUCAUGAAUCUGAAGCCUCGGUUCAGGUUGACACAGUUCAGACAAAUGACCAGCCCAAGGAUUCAAAGGGUGCAACAGACGGUAAAGAACAUCAUGAAACUGAAGCAAUCGAGGCAGUUGAAAAGGUGUUGGUGGAUACCUCGAACCUAGCCGAUUUUGUUGGGAAACCAGUUUUCCAUGCGGAGCGCCUCUACGAUCAGACUCCAGUUGGUGUCGUGAUGGGUCUAGCUUGGACUUCCAUGGGUGGCUCCACCUUGUACAUUGAAACUACAGUGAUUGAGCAAGGAGAGGGGAAAGGGGCACUUCAUCUCACCGGUCAACUCGGAGAUGUCAUGAAAGAAAGCGCACAGAUUGGUCACACACUUGCUAGAGCCAUUUUGCUGGAGAAAGAACCAGAUAACCCCUUCUUUGCCAAUUCCAAGCUUCAUCUCCAUGUCCCUGGUGGAGCCACCCCAAAAGAUGGACCGAGUGCCGGUUGCACCAUGAUCACUUCAUUGCUAUCCCUUGCCAUGAAGAAGCCUAUUAGGAAGGAUGUAGCAAUGACCGGAGAAGUCACCCUGACCGGGAAGAUUCUUCCAAUCGGAGGGGUGAAGGAGAAGACAAUAGCAGCAAAGAGGAGUGAAGUGAAGACGAUCGUGUUCCCGUCUGCUAACAGACGUGAUUACGACGAGCUUGCUGCAAAUGUAAGAGAAGGUCUCGAUGUUCAUUUCGUCGAUGACUACAGUCAGAUAUUCAGUUUGGCAUUCGAAUAUGACGAUAAUAAGAUGGGGAAUUAG